GAUUUCAAGAAGCACUGAGAGAGGGCUAAUCAUCCCGGACUCGCUCAGGGACAAGGCUCAGCUCUUGCCAAGCUAAUUUGAAAUAUGUCUGAUAAAAGCGAGAGUGGUGUGGGUCUAACCCGCUUCCAGACUGUAGCUUCAGAAGAGAACAGCAGCUUGGUAAUACAGACUCUAUUGGCAGUGACCCAAAACUUGGAGGUUUCAGAGGCACCCAAGGCUUCAAAGGCACCAGAGGUCUCAAAGGCCCAAGAGGCUCAGGAGGCAGCUGUCACCCAAGCCUUACCUACCACUCAGCUGACUGAUACCCAGGUUCUGACAGCUGAAAACAAAAGUCCAGCAGCUGACAGCAAGAUGCAGAAUGCUGACCCACAGGCUGUGCCAAUGCCUGGCACUGAGACCAAAAAGGUCAGUUGUGUGACUGAUACCCAGGUCAAUACAAAGGCCUUGGAGACUGAGGCUGCUGCUUCUCAGGCUCCCAUAGAUGAACCUGAACCUGAGGGUGCAGCAGCUGAGACUCAGGAGCAUCAGGACACUCGGCCCAAGGUCAAGGCUAAGAAAGCGCGAAAGGUGAAGCACCUGAAUGGGGAAGAGGAUGGCAGCAGUGAUCAGAGUCAAGCUUCUGGAACCACAGGGGGCCGAAGGGUCUCAAAGGCCCUAAUGGCCUCAAUGGCCCGCAGGGCUUCAAGGGGCCCCAUAGCCUUUUGGGCCCGUAGGGCAUCAAGGACUCGGUUGGCUGCUUGGGCUCGGAGAGCCUUGCUCUCCCUGAGGUCACCAAAGGCCCGUAGGGGCAAGGCUCGCCGUAGAGCUGCCAAGCUCCAGUCAUCCCAAGAACCUGAAGCAUCACCACCUCGAGAUGUCGCCCUUUUGCAAGGGAGGGCAAAUGAUUUGGUGAAGUACCUGCUGGUUAAAGACCAGACGAAGAUCCCUAUCAGGCGCUCAGACAUGCUGAAGGAUAUCAUCAAAGAAUACACUGAUGUGUACCCUGAAAUCAUUGAACGAGCAGGCUAUUCCUUGGAGAAGGUAUUUGGAAUCCAGUUGAAGGAAAUUGAUAAGAAUGACCACUUGUAUAUUCUUCUCAGCACCCUAGAACCCACUGAUGCAGGCAUACUGGGAACGACCAAGGACUCACCCAAACUGGGUCUCCUUAUGGUGCUUCUUAGCAUCAUCUUCAUGAAUGGAAAUCGGUCCAGUGAGGCUGUCAUCUGGGAGGUGCUGCGCAAGUUAGGGCUACGCCCUGGGGUGCAUCACUCGCUCUUUGGAGAUGUGAAGAAGCUCAUUACUGAUGAGUUUGUGAAGCAAAAGUACUUGGAUUAUGCCAGAGUCCCCAAUAGCAAUCCCCCUGAAUAUGAGUUCUUCUGGGGCCUGCGUUCUUACUAUGAGACCAGCAAGAUGAAAGUCCUCAAGUUUGCAUGCAAGGUACAAAAGAAGGAUCCCAAAGAAUGGGCAGCACAGUACCAAGAAGCAAUGGAAGCAGAUUUGAAGGCUGCAGCUGAGGCUGCCACUGAAGCCAAAGCGAGGGCCGAGAUUAGAGCUCAAAUGGGCAUUGGUCUUGGUUCUGAGAAUGCUGCUGGGCCUUGCAACUGGGAUGAAGCUGAUAUUGGACCGUGGGCUAAAGCCCGGAUCCAGGCAGGAGCUGAAGCUAAAGCAAAAGCCCAAGAGAAUGGUGGUACCAGUGCUGGUGCCAGUGCAAGUGCCAACAGUGGCUUCAGUGCCAGUUCAAGCCUGACUGCCACCCUUACUUUUGGCCUCUUUUCUGGCCUCAGUGGAGCUGGCACCAGCACCAAUGGCAGCUCUGGUGCCUGUGGUUUCUCCUACAAGUGAAAUUUCAGGUAUCAACCUUAGCUUAGGUUGAGGCUUGUGGGGCUGGGGUGAGAAACUGGGUUGUUACAGGAAGCCCAGGGUUGGAGAAUGAUACAGAUUAUGGGAAAGUACUGCUUUGGGCAUUAUAUCCCUUCCUGUUUUGUGGAUAUCAAUUGACUUUUUUAUUUUCUUUUACUUGUAUUUUCAGAUAACUGCUAAUCCCAGCAGUCUUUCUCUUCGAGCCAGGGUGUGUCCUAAGAAACCUACUCAAUACAGCACUCUAGGCAGCCACUAUCAAUCAAUUGAAGUUGACACUCUACAUUAAAUCUAUUUGC